CACUGGAAAUUCCUAUAAUGCCCUUAACUAAUAUGAAUAUUACCAAUUCAAUUUCAUUUCCUCUUCCCCUUUCUCUUUCAUCUGAUGCGCGUUCCUCUUUUUUCUUCUCCCAGCCAAAGCAAAACCACCGAACAACAUCCACCACCACACCACUGCCGGCGAGCCGCGACCACUCUUCUCCUUCUCCAUCCAUCACCGCCGCACCCCCCUCAAUCUUCUGUAUUGAUUCUUUAGUUUAGAGAGCUAUCUCCAUCCAUCUCUCUCCACAAACCCUAAUUGUUGUAACUUGUAAGGUAAUGUGAAAUUGAAUGUAAUUUCCUUCAAUUCUGAUUCUGAUUUGAUGAUUACAUGUUCUUUAGUAAUGUGAAAUUGAAUUUUUUUAGUUUUCGAUUGCCACUGAUUACUACAGAACUCUGAAUGUUUUACUAAGAUAAGACAUGAAUGUUCUGCUUAUUAUUAUGGUUUAGAACAUGAACUCUGAUUGCUACUGAACUGUUACUUGUGUUUAAAUAAUUGUAUUGAGUGUGAGAGACGAAUUCCAAUUGAAAGCCUCGGUUUUAAAUAAUUGUCUUAAACAAUAGUAGAAUAUGAAAGCCUGAUAACUAGUCAAAUUGUUUUAGAGUUACUAUAUGUAAUUAAGAAAAGUUAACUUACUUCCUUUGCCAAUUUUAAUCAUGUAUGGCAAUGACUUUGAGAGGAGGACGUAAUCAAUAAUCCUAAAUAGUAGAGGUGGAAAAGAUGGAAAAUGUAAGCUUAUUUGAUUCAAAAAAAUGUCUGGCUCCGCCACUGGUUUUGAUACGAAUAAAUUUCAUUUUAAUUACAAUAUUCAACAAAGAUCUACAUUGGUAAAGGUGGUUUCACUUUGUUGAUUAUACUUUCGCGACUGUCCAAUGUGAUAGAGUCUCCUCUCCUCUCCUCUCCUCUGGGCACAUAUAGCAUUCAGUAUCGGCGAUUCACACAAUCAAUGGCUGAUUUCACUCCCAAUUCUUCUAAUUGCACCCCCACAACUUCUUCUUCUUCUACUUCUUCUUCUUCUUGCUUCCAACGAACGGUUACAUUGUACGAUUGGUGGCUCGUUAAAUCAUCCCAAGGAAACAACCACCGUUUAGCCAUCUCCGGCAUCUCUUCCACAAAGGAAGAAGCCGUUCGGGUGUUUAAUUCCGCUCCUAUUAUCAAAAGAUAUGAUGAGGUUUCCCUUGAGACUGUCGAUGCUCUAUAUGUUUUGAUUAGGGGUUUCAUCAAUAAACAGCGCACACUGGAUAAUGGUUUUACUCCUCAGAUUUUCAAGAGUUUUUUAUUUGGCUUUCCUCAAAACUGGGAAAGCUCUUUUCUAUCUUGCGUUAGAGAAGAAUCAGAAACCGGUACUGAUUCGGGCAAUGCUGUUUUGGAUAAUGAAUUUGCAUUUUAUCAAGGAACUUUCUCUGUCGGUAAAUAUUUCGAUGAUGGUGAGGAAAAGUCCAUUCCUACUUCGUCGGUAUUGCUUGAAGAGGCCCCAGAGAAUUGCAAGACUCCAUUCCCCGGAGAUGAAUGCAAAGUCUCAAAGAAGAUGACUGGGGUUGAUAUUGCUUGUAGUAGUGGUAAAAAUAGACGUAGUACCAGGUUGCAUAAUAUUAAAGUCUGUCAGCAGAAGAAGCCGAAGCAGCAUCCUGAGUCUAGAGGCCCUUUCAAGCAUCCAGAUGGAGAGCCGAGCUCUACCACAAUGGCCGUGGAAAAUCAUGAUUCGGAUAGUGUUGUUCCGGAUGAUGUACCAGCAAAUCUUCCAGAAAUAUCAUUUGAUGCUUUGGAAAAUUCUGUUCCUACCUCUUUGGUCACGACAGAUUGCAAUAUGUCGUUCCUUGAAGAUGAACAAGAUAUGUCAAUUAAGAUGAGUGAGGUCAACAAUGUUCAUGGUAGUGGCCGGUUGCAUAAUACUAAGGACUGCCAGAAGAAGCAGCCUGCGUCUGGAGAUCCUCUCAAGAAUCCAGAGAAAGAGCAGAGCUCUACCUUGAAGGUUGUGGAAAAUCAUGAUUUGGAUACUGCUGUUCCUGAUAAUGUAUCAACAAAUCUUCCCGAAAUAUUAUCCGAUGCUGUGGAGAAGUCUUUUCCUACUUCUUUGGUAUCACUGGAUAAGACCACGGGAGAUCGCAAUAAGGCAUUCCUCGAAGAUGAACGGGAUAUGUCAAUUAAGACGGGUAGGGUCAAUGUUGUUCAUGGUAGUGGCGGGAAUAAACGUAGUGCCCGGAUGCAUAAUGUUAAACCCUACCAGAAGAAGCAACCUGCUACUGGAGAUCCUGCAACACAUCCAGAUAAAGACCAGAUCUCUGCCUCAGCAGUCUUGAAAAUGAGUGAUGGAGGACUGGAAAGUCUAUCGACACCCGUUCAAUCACAAAAGGGAAGAGUAAACACAAUGUCUGGGCAGGUCACUAAUAAAUUGAGUUCCAGAAUUUCCAAAUCCUUUUCAGCAAAAACCCAAGGACGUUGUAAGAAAAAAAGGGCGACAAUUGAAACAGAAGUGGUCACACCUAAGAGAAAAAUUAUUAAACAUGCAUCUUCUGUAAAAUCUCCUCAAGGAAGGAAUGUAAGUCACUCGAACAAGGGAAGUCAACAGAGAUUAUCCACAGUUUCUCCAGAGUCAUUGAGUCUCAAAAAAUCCAGAUCUGGAAGGUGGCUUCUACCUCCCUUAGAGUUUUGGCGCAAUCAACAACCUAUUUAUAAUAUGGACCGUGAGAUUACAGAAAUUCAGGAAGGUUCAUCUUUGAUAUCACCUUUUAGAGGCUCUUCAUCAUUGGGCAGGUGAACUUCUGAUUCUGGUGUUUUGGAUAUGGUUUGGGGAAGUACACCUAUAUAACACAACAAUUUGGAAAUAAAAAUGUAAAACUCGUUCAAAGUAUUUACUGGUGUGUAUCUCACUGAUCUUUUGGUUCUUAGUGUUGUCUGGGUCAUGAUAGCUACUUCACUUGCAUGUCCAUAUGUAAUAUCUUGAUCAAAUUAAGAGGAUCAAUGACACGUUUAUAAGUUUUACAGUUAUUAGCAUUUUCAUGAGCUGCUGGUGUUUAUAUUGAA